AUGUCAAUUCAGUAUAGACCAGGAAGAAUUCAAUCCAUCAAUGCCGAUCAAGAAAUCAUCUUGAAACAAUUCUAUGCUUGUCUUUUGAAAUACUUUGGAUACGAAAUUGAUAUCUCCGUUGAAGAUAUCGUUUACAAAGAAUGUUUCAUUAGUUCAACCAGAACCACAGAAUUGAGUGAAAGUGGAUAUAGUUCAUUAAAUUAUGGAUUAGUUAGAACCGGUACUAGAGACUCCACUACUUCAUCACAUAUUUCUCAUAAGACAAGUGCUUCAAGUUAUAGUACAUUAAAUAAGAAGAAGAAAGCUGGGAUUUUAAAAAGAGGGAAGAAAAGUCUGAAUGUAGAAGAAGAAUUACAUGCACCAGAAUCCAGUCCAAGAAUGAAAUUCAUUCAAAGUCAAUCAUCUUUUGAAAAAUAUCAACCUAUUGAUAUUAACCCCAGAUAUGCUCAUGUAUUUUGUAAUUAUUAUAAACAAAAUUUCGAUAAUAGUGAAGAAUAUAUGAGUGAUAAUGAAGAUUCUGGUGAUGUUGAAAGUAUUGAAUCAUUUGUUACUGCUGAAACUUAUGUUGAAACUCCGGAUUAUCUGCAAUUCAAAUCUGGUAAAGCCACGAGUUCUUCAUCAUCAUUUGAAACUGAAAGUUUUAAUGUUAAGCCCAUAACUGAUAAAUUCCCUGAAAUUGGAAAUUUUGAUAAUAGGAAACUUCAUAAAGCUCUUUGUGAUGCACCAAGAAAUGAUGCUUUUGAUAAUUUCAUCUUAAGAUUCGUUAGAGCUAGAAAAUUUAAAACCAAAGAUGCUUUAGCAAUGAUUGGUAAAUCUGCUGAAUGGAGAGUUUCAACUUUUAAACCUGAUGAAUGGGUUCGUGAAGGUGAUGCUUUAAGUUAUGUUACUGGUAAAAAUCCCGGUUUCAUUAAAAAUUUCACUACUCAAAAAUCAUAUGUUAGAGGGGUUGAUAAAGAUAGUAAUCCAAUUUUCUUCUUUAAAGCCAAAUUACAUUUGAUUUCUGAUGCUCCUUUAGCUGAUACUCAAAGGUUCGCGGUUUAUACCAUUGAAAGUUGUAGAUUAUUCUUAAGAGAUAUCAAUGAAUCGGUUGAUACUUGUUCAAUUGUUUUUGACUUGACUGGAUUCUCUUUAAAGAAUGCUGAUUAUAAUGCUAUUAAAUUCUUAGCUGAAGUAUUUGAAGCUCAUUAUCCUGAAUGUUUAGGUAAAGUAUUAAUUUUCAAUGCUCCAUGGAUCUUUUCAACUGUUUGGAAUGUUAUUAAGAAUUGGUUAGAUCCAGUUGUGGCAUCAAAGAUUCAUUUCACUAAAGAUUUCAAAGAAUUGAAUAAAUUCAUUGAUAAAAAAUGGAUUCCGGAUUAUAUGGGAGGUGAUGAUACUUAUGCUGGAGAAUAUCCUGUUCCUUCAGAAAGAGAUGCAACUUAUAUGAAACCAAGAGAUGGAGAAUUUGUUAGAUUAAUGAGAGAAAGAGAUGCUCUUCUUUUGAAAAUGUUAACUACCACUAAAAAAUGGGUGGAAUCUACUUCACCAGAGAUUAGUGAUCGUUAUUUACAAGAUAAGCUUGAUUUAAAUGCUGAAAUGGCUAAUAAUUAUAUUAAGUUAGAUCCAUACUUGAGAUUUGCUGGAUUUUAUGAUAGAAAUGGGUCAUUAACUGUUAGAUGUUAA